AAUAACUAUUGAAUAACACAAUAAUUGAUAAAUUAAAUGCAGUCAAUGCUAUCGAUUAGAAAUCUAUUGCUGCCAUCAGUAGUAGUGGCCACAAGUAAUUGUUUGUCGAGGGAUUGGUGUCUAUCAGUUCAAUGUCGUCAAUAUCCUAACCAGUGGUUAACUGUACAGACAUUACAGAGUCAACACAAUCGGAUAUUUAUGCGAAAAGCUUUAAUGCAAAACAAUAAGCCGUUUAGUAAUGAGUGGUUCGCACCGUUUGUUGCCAUCAAACCUACAGUUCAUAAUACAGAUGACCAACAAUAUCCACCCGGUUAUGAGGGACCAGAGCUUAUACUCGCCUCCGGAUGUAUUGUGGAUUCUUCGGGACUGAUUGUCUCGGCUUGUGAUCGGCUCAGCAUCUCGUCAUACGUUAAGAUAAGACUCAACGACGGAUCAACACAUGAGGCCCGUGUUGUCGACCUAAAUCCGGAAACAGGUUUGUCAGUCAUUCAAUUGGAUGGGAUGCGCAAUGAUUGGCCAGUAAUUGAUAUGGCCGACAGUAGUGUGGACUAUGAGUUGGGCGAUAUUAUAUACACUGUAGGCAAUUGGCAGCCAACACAUUACAAUCUACUACACGACGGUGUAGUCGUACGAACAGAUCUCAAGCCGAAUGCUGUGGACGACGACAUAACUGUGCCAUUAGUACAGCACACGGCUGUCGUCAAAGAAAACGAUAAUGGAAAUGCUAUAGUAGACAGUAAUGGUCAGGUUAUGGCUAUUAAUAUCAAAGCAUUGAAGUGUGAGAUCAAUGCUGCCGUUCCCAUACAUGUUGUCAAAUCUUAUGUGGAUAGUGUUAAACAAAAACUGUUGCAAAACUAUGGAUUGUCAGUCUAUUGGUACGACCCAAACGAUAGACAGGAGUUCAUCGAUUGUGGUAUUUCUCCCAAUCUAUUACCUGACUAUAAGGGUAUACUUGUGUACUCAAUAAACAGUGAAAUUUUGUUAGACACUAAUGAUAUUCAAGUGUAUGAUGUGAUUACACAUAUCAAUGGCAAAAGAGUCGACUCUAUGGACGACCUGUACUGUGCAUUACUGACACAAACGAUAAUCAAAGUAUGGGUCAAUUAUCCAUAUUAUGAGCCCAUCGAUGACGAGUCUAUAACUUUGGUUAAGAGUCCUAAUGAAUAUAGCGAUAGAUUUUAUCUGUAA